AUGUCAAUGCUCUCAAUCCACCUCGAGCAGAUAGCUCUCUGCUGCGAGGGCAUCGACUCGCUCCCCUUCCCACCACCCAAAAUCUUCACAAAUGCAAUGCUCUACAACACCGAUAUCACCUCCCUAAUUCGCGACACCGAAGCCCACGAACGCGCCCUCUUCUCCGUACCCCCGCCCCCACCACCGCCAGCAACAUCAUCAUCCUCCCAAAACCAAGAAGCGAAACCCACCACCUCCCGCCGCCAAACCGUCUUCAACGUCGCUUCGGGUGAAGUCACAACCGGCCCACCACCAGGAACCUCCCGCGCUGCAGGCGGCGGAGGCAUAGGUGGACCCCGCCGCCACACCGCCGUCUCCGCCGUCCUCGGAGGCGACCUCCACGCCCAGCUGCGCCGCGGCGAGCGCCAGGCCGCGAGCAAGGGGGGCGACGUCGACGUCGAGGUACUAUUGCAGGGCGCGACGAAGCUGUGCGGCGUGUACGCUCUCCCCGGCGCGCUCGAGCGGAUUCCGCAGCUGAGGUCGCGGUACGCGCACCAGACGAAUACGUUGGCGUACUACGAGGCAAAGGUUGCUGAGAACCAGGCUGCGGUGGAGAGAAUGAACAAGGAUCAUUGGAUGAGUGAGGGAGAUGACGAGCAAUUUGAUGACGAAGAGGACGAAGAGGAAGAAGCGGGCGAGGAUGUCAUGACGGAAGAGGACCUACGGGCCGAGGAGGAGUUUGUGAGGGAGCUUGAUAAGAAGAAGCGGGAGCUGCAGCAGCGGUUGCGGGCUAUGGAAAAGGAUUUGGGAGCAUUGCUGAACAUGUGA